GAUCCAGCCAUCAUAACAACACAAUAUGCAAGUUUUUCUUGUGCAGCUGUUAACCUGUUAGCAACAAUCUCAGGAUCAUCGCUUGGAUAAAAGCCAGCAACCCAUAUAACUACCGAUGUCAAUCGAGCUACGGAUCUCUCUUCUUCCCCCUUCUUUCAAUGUCCUCGUGUAUGCCCAUGUGAAUAUGGGUAUAUUCACGAGGACACCCUUUGUCCCUAUCCCGUCCGGUGUAAAUGAACUCUUCAGCGGAUGGAUGGAGCAACUGUAGUUGCCUGGCUGUAUUUCCCAGGCAUAUAAAGGUGGCAGCUGCAACAAAAACACAUGAAAAUUGCAGACGAUAUUUUUUCCUGAAUUUUCACAAAAGUUUCAUCUUCCACACUACUACGCUGAACACUACUGACUGCCUACCGCCAGGCACUUCAAUUGUUAGCAAAUUAACCUUUUAUCGUCCAGUCACUGCUGCUCGUCUCGUAAGAUUCAAUAUCGAAAACAGAGUCAACAUGUCACAGACUGCUAAUGAAGGCAAGCAAGAAAAAAUCCUUCUAGCUCUUGAUUUCGACCAUACAAUUAUCAAUGACAACAGUGACACGUAUGUCACAAAGCUGGCACCAAAAGGAAAGAUACCCCCAGAAAUCAAAUCCCUCUACAGUGAUCAAGGUUGGACUCUUUUCAUGUCUGAAAUAUUUCGCUAUCUUCACUCCAACAACACCACUCCUGAGCAAAUCUUGGAAUGCAUGACUGAAAUAUCAUUUUCGCCUGGAAUGGUUGAUCUGUUGAAAACUCUUGAUCAAUCGAAAGCCGAAACCAUUGUUAUAUCAGAUGCAAAUUAUGUGUUUAUUGAUCACAUCUUGAGUUUCCAUGGACUCAAAGAUAGGGUUAAUAAGAUUUUUACAAAUCCUGCCAAGUUUAAUGAUGAUGGCCUCCUCGAACUCGAAAUGUACCAUGUCCAAGACUCCUGCUCCUUGAGCACAAUCAAUCUUUGUAAGGGCCAAAUUUUGGAAUCUUACAUUGAAGAAAGAGCCAAAGAAAAUAUUGUUUUCACACACGUUGCAUUUAUCGGAGAUGGCGAAAAUGAUUUCUGUCCCAGUUUGAGGCUCUCUCCUAAAGAUUUUGUCUUCCCCCGAGAAGGUUAUUCCCUAGUCAAACAUAUUGAGAAAAUGAAAACCGAAAAAGACCUUCACAUUAAAGCUAAUAUUCACACCUGGAAAUCGGGGUUGGAUAUUCUAAAAGUUCUUUCCGAUAGAGUUCCAUUGCUCGCUCAAACAACAACUGCAUAAGUCAGAUGAUUUAUUUCAAGCUUUUACCAUUGUUUUCGAUUGAACCCGUGAAUAAUACAGUACAAUUCGUCACUGCA